AUGCAGCCAUCAGCGAAGGAGGAGGUGGAGGAGGAGGAGGAGGAGGAGGAGGAGGAGGAGGAGGAGGAGGAGGAGGAGGAGGAGGAGGAGGAGGAGGAGGAGGAGGAGGGGGAAAGAGAAGAGGCACAAUCGGCUUUGCUAGUAAAGAAGGUGGGGCAGGACGCAGGCGUGCACAUGGGCGUGGUGGGCGAGUUCAACAGCACGUGUGCCGCCAUGGGAUUCGCAGCCACGUUGGUGUCGUCGCCCCUCGUCGCUCGCUUCGGCGUUUUGCAGGUACGCUCGCUGGGAGAGGGAAGGGGUGACUUUUGA